ACUAAAUACCUACGUGACGUCUAUUACAGAGAAAUGUAUGAAAAGGAACAUAUACCAUACCACAAUUCGAUUGGUCACGGAUGUAAUCUAUUGAAGGGCAGUUCUUCCAUACCUUCCGAGAGUCGAAACUUUCAGGGAUGGUGCCAUUGAAGAUCGGUCCUUUCGCCAAUGUAAAUCCAUCUAGUUCUCUGUUACGGUGAGCCCCGAGAUAUUCCAUCUUCAUUAGACUUUUCAUGCGUUGUUUCGCAUUUAGGGAAUAAUUAGCCUUGA